AUGGUGGCCCUACCCGGCGAUGUCCUCCUCAUGAUCCUAGAUAUCCUGAAAACAGAAGGUCACAACCACAAUACACUCUACCAAUGUGCAUUGGCUUCAAGAUGGCUAGCUGAGCCAGCAUUGUCUAUUCUUUACCAAAUAUAUGAUACGUCACCAGUGGCUGGUGGAGGAUUCGAAGACGAUCAACUCAAAACGAAGAAAUCAGCCAGUCCUUUAGGAUCUGGCGCUUCCAAAAAUGCUCAUAAUUCUAUCGUACAAAAAUGGGCAUUAAUGUGGCGGUCCCUCAUCCUAUCUACGUGGCAAGAAAAGACUUAUCUGCCAUACUGCAAAUAUAUCAGAUACUUGAACCUUGAUGACCUAAGAGAGCUUAUGUCAGAUUUGGGUAUGAAGAAAACACGCGAUGAAUUUAUUGCCGGUGAUCUCGACAAGCUUAUUUACCGCGAUGGUCGCGCUGGAUUUCGGACCUCAACAGGCUCUUUAAAUUACUCAGCCGUAGUCGAAAGGGUUGGUACAUUUUCUGCACGCUUUCUAAAAACAUGGGCUGCUCGAUUACCUCAUUUGGAGACACUCGACGUUUGGCAUGGUGCUUCGCUGGGCAGAAAUUCCCAAGAAGACAUUCGAGAGCAUUUCCCGAACCUCAAGAACAUCUCAGUUUUUAGGUGGACAAACGAGAACGGUUCUAGUGCAGACUCAGAAGCAGAGAGUGUAUUAAAGAGCCUGCGUCCAGAUUCGUUACAGUCAUUCAACGUGAUGAGUCUUUCAGAUCUCGGCCCACGCUCUAUCAUUGCACUGGGUUAUCAUUUAAAGUCUCUUACUGCGUUGACACUAACUAGCCUCUCUAUUGAGGCUAUUGAGCAACUCCCAUCUCUGGGAGCUCUCGAGUCCCUAGAAGAUUUUGUCCUUACAGAUUCUCGACAGGUUCCGCAGAAUCCACCGCCGGAGCUAAUAUCGUCUGUUGCUGGGUGGAUUUGUAAAUGCGAAAAGCUGCGUUUCCUCCGGCUUCGCAGGUUUCUCGACGAUGCCAAUCUACUCUCACAGAUUCUCGUUGAUAAGCGAAUCCAUCUGGAAUUACUACAUCUAAAAGGCUAUAUGAUGGAAACGAGUCGAGCAUUCCAUGAGUCACUUGCUUUUCAACCUUCUUUACAAGUCCUUUCCAUCCAAGGCGAUGGUAGCCAGAAUCCCACAGACCAAGCUGUCCUCGUAAAGGCACUCAGCAAAUUGGGCGAACUCCGCGAAUUGGACCUGAAAGUUAUCUCGGAAUUCUUUACUGAGCAACAGAUCAUGGCCCUAAUACCGGCCUUACCCAAGCUAGAGCGUUUUUCUUUCAGUGGGUUGCAUUGCGAUGACAACAUUUGGCCAGCAUUUCUCUCCCUGAAAAAUUUACGCUUCCUUGCUAUUCACGCUUCCAGCGAAUUUACUUCUGACGGUAUCCUUGAUUUUGUCUCGCAGCUGGGCCCAGAGAACGAAGGCUUUCAUCUGUCCAUCCCGAACGCACUUAUUGAAAUCCCACCAGACUCUCAGGAUGUGAUUAGGGAUGCACUGGCACAAAAUGUGAAAGGGACCCUCGAUUAUGAUGUACUUCCAGGUACGAAAAAUGCGAAAUUGUGA